AAGGAGAAGGGGACACCCUCCCUCUCACGUGCGGUACCGUCACUCGGGAGCAUCCCUGGGCCAGCAGAGAUCUCGUGUGGACACAGACGGGAAAACAUCACCUUCUCUCUGAGGAUUAUGCUGCUCUUUACGAUAUUGAUCAUCUGCCUUCAGUGCUUCUCAUGGAUCCUGGCAGGGCCUGUGACUCGUCGCAGCACAACAGCAGGCAUCUAUGGACGAGUGGUGCCCAUACCGGCUGGUACGAGGGCCCACUAUAAUAUUCAGAACUUUGCAGGUCCUGGUACAUACAAGUUCGGGUAUGACACUGGACCAGGGCCUAACCAGUCCUUCCGUCAAGAAGAGAGAGGGCCUGGAGGGGAAGUGAAAGGCCGCUAUGGUUACGUAGAACCAUCUGGAGCCCUAAGAGUGGUGGAAUACAUGGCGGAUUCUACAGGGUUCCACAUUCUGAAGACAAGAACACUGGUACCAGAUAUGAAACCCAAACCUGCUGUGAAGGUUCGAACCCCAUUUGUCGGGCCUCUGCCGCCUUUCAUACCCACCAGCUAUGUGGUCAACCUGGCUGGCUGACCUUCUGUCUAGAAUAAUCCAUCCAUCUAUCACCCGGUGCAAAAACUAUUUCAUCAUAAAGAUUCAUUGAACUGGUUCAAAAUGAUGUGAACACUCAUUUUUCAUUAAAACGGUUCAAGAUGGUUUGAAUGCUUACCAGAUUCAUAUCUUGAAUUCCAGGCACAAGUCGGAAGUUCCUUUUGUUCAACUUUUUCCUCGUGUUUUGAAAUGUAUGCAAUUUUUUUGUAUAUUUUAUUUUCUUAUUAUAGUUUUACUUGCUUCAGUAAUAUGCGAAUUUUUUGUCCAACUAUUACUAAGUCACGGCGAGAGAAAUUAUCGCACUAUUUCUAAUCAAAAUUUUUGUACAAAAUAUAUUCUCAUAGGGAACUUUUCUUUUUAAUUCUGAACGAGACUGAAGGACUUGAAAAAAAUACACGUGUUUCUCAUAUAUAAAAUUAUAUCUGUGCAUGAAGCGUAAAUUACCAUAAGGUGUAUAAUGUUUCGAUAAAUGAUCCAAAGUUUACAGAAUAAUUUAUUAUUACAAUUGUAUACCACCAUCGAAAUACAUAAAAACAAAAACAAUAUAAAUAUUGGAUGAAAAAACUAUUACUCAAAUUAUAAUACAAUGUGGCUUAACUAAUUCAAUUUUCUUAGUUCAAAUUCUUCGAAUAAUUUGAAUUUCGAUGUUUUUGUUAUGUGAUAUAAUGUUAACAAGAUCCAGUUUCUUUAAUUCGAAAUUUUAGAUCAUUCGAAUUUUUAUUUUCUCCCCAACAUGCUUGGAAUUAUUCAAGUUUCACUAAUGUAACACUUGACGCUCGUCCCAACUUAACUUUUAAGUCAAGGCAUGAUUUCUGUUAAGUAAAUUUCUUCCAACCAUAGUAGGAUUCUUAAGAAUUACAAAGAUGGUCCUAGUUUACUAUCUGUAAGUAAAAUUUAAAAUGAAAUAAUAGGAUCAAAAAUCGUUGUCAUCUCUUAUUAAAUUUCAGCAAUACAUUUUUUUUUCUGAUAUUUGAAGAAAACUAGAUAAGGAAAUGGUCAUAAAUUGGAAAAUUCUAGUGAAAAUUUGUGAUGUCUACUAUGACAGUUAGAUAGCAGAACUGAUGCUCGUUUUUGAGAUAUUUCUAUUGGUCAUUUGUCCCGCAUUUUCUUGGCAAUUUUUUUUAAUUUGGACAUUUGUACAGAAAAGCUAAAUUCUUUUCUUUAUAUAGUAGAUGCAAUACUAUCUUUAGAGAUUUAUCAAGCUAUCAAACCAGAUUAGUUGUUUUCGAAUUUUAAUCAUGUAGCAAAGACAAAAACGCGAAAAAUGUUACUUUCUAACUGGCUUAAACUUUAAUCCAAAGUUAAAUUGUUUACGUUAAAAAUCAAGCAAUUCAUAGAUAAUACUAUAUGAACAUUAUUCCAUUUUAAUGAAUAUUACAUAUUUUCAUAAAUUUAAUGGAAGCUUAAAUAUGUUUCAUGAAUUUUUCAACUUUUAAUCUUACAGAAAUUUUUUGCUUAAUGCAUUGUGAAAUGCAUUAGUGGUCGCAUGAUAACAGAAUACAAAAAAUCCUGAUGAAACGGAGUCACUAAAAAUGUUUGAUUUAAAAAAAUAAUAAAAAUUUUUAAUAAGAUUUUUGUAACAGGCUUCUGAAAAUAAAAAAUUAAAAAAAAUUAGCACAGAAUGAUUACUUGAAAUUUAUUGUAAAAUAUUUUUCUAUCAAAUGUAAUAGCACUUUAAGUCCUUGUUUCAUUUUAACAAUGUAAGAAUAAACUGAGGUACUUUUAUUAAAAUUGAAUUUGCAAAAUUAUGCUCAGUUGACUUGUUUUUCAAAAUCAAUAAACGGUGUAUAUAUAAACUGUAACUUUCAAUUGUAAAUGUGAAAAUUGUUUUUCGAGUCAUUCAGG